AAAAAAAAAACAAAAAAAUACACACUUUUCCCGCUGAGAGGAGUAGCAUUCGAUUUUCUGUCGAGAGGUAAGUGUGACUGACACGUGUAGUCGCACUGUCUGUUUGUGAGAGCACUGUUUCUCUCCAUCUCACAGAUUUCAGGCUUAAUCUUCUGAACCUGUCGAUGACUCUGUUUCACUUUCAGAUAUUUAUUAGAGAAAUUUGAAAUGUCCUGGGUAGCUGAACAAAGCGACGAUGGUUCAUCUGCUGUACAAGUACAAGGUAAUACCGUUAGCUGUCAAAAAGAAGGCUACUUUGGUGGUCCAAUUAAUGUCAUGUACAACGAUCCAGCUGAGAAGAAUGGUCAGUACUAUUGGCAAAUUGAAUUACCAGAAUUAACUAAUGAAGGUGGAGCGAGUGUUGGCUUAACUACACAGGAACAUUUUAAAGCUGGCUAUGCCGUUAAAUCUAUGGAGUAUUGUGGUGAGUGA